AUGAGCAAUUGUCUCGCAAUAAUUCCUUACAAACUAUCAAUUCCGUUCGUACUGCUUGCAUCUAUGAACGCACCAUCAAUUCAUCGAACUCCCUGGGUCUACUCAGCAUUUCCGUUUAUUUUCACACCAUUUCCUGAACGAAUGUCAUUUUUAGAAAGAUUGCAAAAUACUUAUAUACAUAUACUAAAUUACAUCACUCCUCCUAUGGGUACUGUGGCGAAAAGUGUCAAGACAUAUGCCCCGGAUAAACCUGAUAUCCCUUUUGAAGAACUUCUACAAAAAUUGUCUUCUACAACAUAUCUAUCUAUCUAUCUAUCUAUCUAUCUAUCUAUCUAUCUAUCUCAUGGGUUUCUAUCUAUCUAUCUAUCUAUCUAUCUAUCUAUCUAUCUAUCUAAUCAAAAUCUAUCUAUCUAUCUAUCUAUCUAUCUAUCUAUCUAUCUAUCUAUCUAUCUCAGUCUGUUCCUAUCUAUCUAUGCAAAUUCAGUUUUUUAUCUAUCUAUCUAUCUAUCUAUCUAUCUAUCUAUCUAUCUAUCUAUCUAUUUAUCUAUCUAUCUCAGUCUGUUCCUAUCUAUCUAUCUAUGCAAGUCAGUUUUUGUAUCUAUCUAUCUAUGUAUCUAUCUAUCUAUCUAUCUAUCUCAGUCUGUUCCUAUCUAUCUAUCUAUCUAUCUAUCUAUGCAAGUCAGUUUUUCUAUCUAUCUAUCUAUCUAUCUAUCUAUCUAUCUAUCUAUCUAUCUAUCUAUCUAUCUAUCUAUCUCAUCUUCUGUUAUCUAUCUAUCUAUCUAUGCAAUCAGUUUUUAUCUAUCUAUCUAUCUAUCUAUGCAAGUUUUUUUUUUAUCUAUCUAUCUAUCUAUCUAUCUAUCUAUCUAUCUAUCUAUCUAUCUAUCUCAGUCUGUUCUAUCUAUCUAUCUAUCUAUGCAAGUCACUUUUUUCUAUCUAUCUAUCUAUCUAUCUAUCUAUCUAUCUAUCUAUCUAUCUAUCUAUCUAUCUAUCUAUCUAUCUCAGUCUGUUCCUAUCUAUCUAUCUAUCUAUGCAAGUCACUUUUUCUAUCUAUCUAUCUAUCUUUCUAUCUAUCUAUCUACCAUCAACUUCUCUUAUCUCACUUUUUUUUUUUCGUUUUUUCGGCCGCUUUCUACAAUCUUGAUUUUUCUCAUUUACUUGUACAAUCUUAUAUUUUUGUCUGCGUGUGGAUCUAUCUAUCUAUCUAUCUAUCUAUCUAUCUAUCUAUCUAUCUAUCUAUCUAUCCCAGUCUCUUUAAAAAAAAUCUCUCUAUCUAUCUAUCUAUCUAUCUAUCAUCUAUCUAUCUAUCUAUCUAUUCCAGUCUGUUUAUAUCUAUCCAUCCUAGUCUGUUUAUCUAUUCAUCCCAGUCUGUUUAUAUCUAUCUAUCUAUCUAUCUAUCUAUCUAUCUAUGAAAAUCUCUAUAUAAAUAUCUCCUUACUAAGAGCACGAACUCUUUCCCGACGUAAAUCUUGUUUUUAUUUUACUUCGUUACCACAUCUAUCCAUCUAUCUAUCUAUCUAUCUAUCUAUCUAUCUAUCUAUCUAUCUAUCUGAUUCUUUUUUAACGUUAGAUUUACUCGUGUUUCUCAUAUCUAUCUAUCUAUCUAUCUAUCUAUCUAUCUAUCUAUCUAUCUAUCUAUCUAUCUAUCUAUCUAUCUAUCUUAUCCUCUUCAUUAUCUAUCAAUCUAUCUAUCUAUCUGAUUCUUUUUUAACGUUAGAUUUAUUCAUUUACUCGUGUUUCUCAUAUCUAUCUAUCUAUCUAUCUAUCUAUCUAUCUAUCUAUCUAUCUAUCUAUCUAUCUUAUCCUCUUCAUUAUCUAUCUAUCUAUCUAUCUAUCUAUCUAUCUGAUUCUUUUUUAACGUUAGAUUUACUCGUGUUUCUCAUAUCUAUCUAUCUAUCUAUCUAUCUAUCUAUCUAUCUAUCUAUCUAUCUAUCUAUCUAUCUAUCUAUCUUAUCCUCUUCAUUAUCUAUCUAUCUAUCUAUCUAUCUAUCUAUCUAUCUUAUCCACUUCAUUAUCUAUCUAUCUAUCUAUCUAUCUAUCUAUCUAUCUAUCUAUCUAUCUAUCUAUCUAUCUUAUUUUUUUUUUGUUUUUUUUUCCCGAUCGGUUGCAACAAUCUCAAUUUCACUCAUUUACAUGUGCAAUCUCACAUUUUUUCUACGUGUCGAUCUAUCUAUCUAUCUAUCUAUCUAUCUAUCUAUCUAUCUAUCUAUCUAUAUAUACAUACAUAUUAUUAAUUAUAAAUUGUUACAUACAGGCAAAAUAAUAUAUAUCUAUCUAUCUAUCUAUCUAUCUAUCUAUCUAUCUAUCUAUCUAUCUAUCUAUCUAUCUAUCUAUGCAUUUUCUUAUUACAAAGUAGACGAACACUUUUCCAACAUAAGAGUUGAUAUUCUAUUCCAUCACCACAUCUAUCUAUCUAUCUAUCUAUCUAUCUAUCUAUCUAUCUAUCUAUCUAUCUAUCUAUAUAUAUGA